CUGCACACCAGGAUUUCCAGUGGGAUGUUUUAUUACCCAGAAUGGCGAACGGAAACAUGCUUGCCUAAUCCACAUGACGAAACUCAGUCUGCGAGAGGGUAAGUGACACGACUGGAGGCGUACAGCUUGUCAAGUGCAGACGUAGGAGUCCAACUCAGAGCUUUUUGGCUGGGAAGUCCCAAUCACACUGCCAGCCCUGUGGUUCCCCGGCCAUCUCCUCCUGGGCAGGAGUGCCCCGGAGCUGCUGGGGGCUGAGGAGGAGGCUGAGUGGCCAGAAGAGAGCACAACCAAGGCGACACUGCUUUUACCCUGUUUUAUGUGUGGAGGCUCGAUGGGGGAUAUUAGCUCUUAGGACAUGGCUAAGAAGAAGCGCCUGGCACAUAGUAAAUGUUCAAAAAUAUUUGCUGAAUGAGUGAAUGAAUAAAUGAACGAAGCAAAGUUCUCAGCCCGGUGAUCUACUGGGGAAAACAAUUGAGUAGGGGAUGUAAACGUUCUGAAUACAACAGAAGUAAUACUUACUUCCUCAUCAACCACGUUGAUAUUACUAUUACAUAUCACAGGGAAAGUGGAAGAAAUUGGGGUCUUGCAAGAUUGGUUUCCGCUCGACUUGAGCUCCAAAGCUAUAAGCAUUCAGGUGAAGACCACCUAACCUGUAAUGGACCCCCUAUGGAAAUUCCUCAAGAAGACACAGACAAGUUUAACGUAACCUACACUUACUCUGUGCGAUUUGAAGAAAACAAAAGGAUCAAGUGGCCGUCUAGAUGGGAUUAUAUUUUGGAGUCCAUGCCUCGUACCUACAUUCAGUGGUUUAGUAUUUUGAAUUCCUUUGUUAUCACUCUCUUCUUAUCUGGCAUGGUGGCUAUGAUUAUAUUGAGGACUCUCCAUAGAGAUAUUAUCAAAUACAAUGAGAUGAGUUAUUCUGAAGAUGUGCAGGAUGACUUUGGUUGGAAGCUGCUCCAUGGGGAUAUAUUCAGACCACCAAGGUAUAGGAUGUUGCUGUCAGUUUUCCUGGGCCAAGGAACACAAGUUUUGGUCAUGACGUUUAUCACCUUAUUUCUGGCCUGCCUCGGUUUCCUAUCACCCUCCAAUCGAGGCGCCUUAAUGACCUGUGCCUUUGUGCUCUGGGCCCUUCUGGGAACCGCUGCCGGAUUCGUGUCUGGAAGAAUGUAUAAGACACUUAAAGGUGUUCAAUGGAAGACAAAUUUUUUGCUGACGGCACUAUUAUGUCCUGGUAUCGUCUUUGCCGACCUCUUUUUUAUGAACCUGAUUCUUUGGGUGGAAGGCUCAUCGGCUGCCACCUCCUUUGGUACUCUGAUAGGGAGUCUCGCAGUGUGGUUUGGAAUUUCAGUACCACUAACAUUUGUGGGUGCUUACUUUGGAACCAGGAAAAAGUUUAGGUAUCCAGUUCACAUGAACCUGAUUCCCCAUCACAUUCCUCAGCAGAGUAUUUUUACGAAACCGCUGUUUGGCAUUGUGGUCAGUGGCAUUUUACCUUUUGGCUGUAUUUUCAUUCAACUGUUUUUCAUUCUGAACAGUAUUUGGUCUCAUCAGAUGUACUUUAUGUUUGGCUUCCUUUUCUUGGUCUUUAUAAUUCUCCUGAUUACCUGCUCUGAGGCUAUGGUUCUCCUGUGCUAUUUCCAUUUGUCUGCUGAGGAUUAUCAUUGGUGGUGGCAAGCCUUUUUCACCAGCAGUUUUACAGCUGUUUAUCUUUUCAUGUACGCACUUCAUUACUUCUUUACCAAACUUCAAAUCACAGGCGUUGCAAGUACCAUUUUGUAUUUUGGGUACAUGACGGUCGUGGUCCUGAUUUUCUUCCUUUUUACAGGGACAAUUGGGUUUUUUUUCCUGCUUUUGGUUUGUUAUGAAAAUCUACAGCGUGGUGAAAGUGGAUUAAAGACUGUCCCCAAAGGCCUCCGGGCACAUCACCAUGGCUUUCGAAUGUGUCCAUUUACAUCUACAUGAACACCUAUGAAGAUCUAUAGAUGUGCUUCCUGGUACACAUUUUAAAUAUACAUCACUUAA